AUGAUCUCCAGACAGCAGUACAUCCAAGGCGGGUCCCGAGGCUUUAGCUGUGGCUCGGCUGUUGUGGGUGGGGGCAGGAGGGCUGCCUUCAGCUCCGUCUCUUUGUCUGGGGGUGCGGGUCGCUGCUCUUCUGGUGGCUUCGGCAGCAGGAGCCUCUACAACCUCGGGGGGAACAAGAGCACCUCCAUCAGUGUGGCUGGCUGCCGGCAAGGUGCCAGCUUUGGGGGUGCUGGAGGUUUCGGAGCUGGGAGCUUUGGUGCUGGUUUCGGCGCUGGCAGCUUUGGCGGUGGAUUUGGGGGCUCCUUCAGUGGUCGAGGUGGUCCUGGCUUUCCCAUCUGCCCCGCUGGGGGGAUUCAGGAGGUCACUAUCAACCAGAGCCUGCUGACCCCACUCCAUGUGGAGAUUGAUCCUGAGAUCCAGAAGGUUCGGACCGAGGAGCGGGAGCAGAUCAAGACCCUUAACAACAAGUUUGCCUCCUUCAUUGACAAGGUGCGGUUCUUAGAGCAACAGAACAAGGUCCUGGAGACCAAAUGGAAACUGCUCCAGCAGCAGACAACCACCACAUCCAGCAAAAACCUUGAGCCCUUCUUCGAGAGCUACCUUAGUGUCCUGAGGAAGCAGCUGGAUGGCUUGAUCAAUGACAAAGGGCGCCUUCAGUCUGAACUGAAGGCCAUGCAGAACAGCGUGGAGGACUUUAAGACCAAGUAUGAAGAUGAGAUUAACAAACGCACAGCUGCUGAGAACGACUUUGUUGUCCUCAAGAAGGACGUGGAUGCUGCCUACAUGAACAAGGUGGAGCUGGAGGCCAAGGUGGUGGCCCUUAAUGAUGAGAUCAAUUUCCUGAGGGCCUUGUAUGACGCGGAGCUGUCCCAGGUGCAGACUCAGGUCAGCGACACGUCUGUGGUGCUGUCCAUGGACAACAACCGCAGUCUGGACCUGGACAGCAUCAUCGCUGAGGUCCGUGCCCAAUAUGAAGAGAUUGCCCAGAAGAGCAAGGCGGAGGCUGAGGCCCUGUACCAGACCAAGGUACAGCAGCUCCAGAUUUCAGUUGACCAACAUGGUGACAGCCUGAAAAACACCAAGAAUGAGAUAGCAGAGCUCAACCGGAUGAUCCAGAGGCUUCGGGCAGAGAUUGAGAACGUCAAGAAGCAGUGCCAGACUCUACAGGCAUCUGUGGCUGAUGCAGAGCAGCGUGGGGAGUUGGCCCUUAAAAAUGCCUAUAGCAAGCAGGCAGAGCUGGAGGCUGCUCUGCGGAAGGCCAAGGAGGAGCUGGCCCGGAUCCUGCGCGAGUACCAGGAGCUCAUGAGCGUGAAGCUGGCCCUGGACAUUGAGAUUGCCACCUACCGCAAGCUGCUGGAGGGUGAAGAGUGCAGAAUUUCUGGAGAAUGCCAGAGUGCUGUGAGCAUCUCUGUGGUCGGCGGUGGUGCCAGUGCUGGCGGCAUCGGCCGAGGGUUUGGCCUGGGCGGUGGCUUUGGCUCUGGCUCCGGAAGUGGCUUUGGAUUUGGUAGUGGAGUCUGUGACACUUCCGGCAGCAAGAUCAUCUCUACUACCACCCUGACCAAGAGAUCCCACCGAUAG